AAAUUCUCUUGAAGCGCCGCCUCCCCGUUUUUAGAUCUGAAACCUCUCUCCGAUUUUCAUUUUUUUUAAAAAAAAAUUUAUUAUCUCAUAUUCUCAUCAACUUUGCCCUAGCUUUGCUUUGAUUUCAAUUUUCAACUUCAACUCUCUCAUUUCAAUCUCUUUUACCUACACUCUGAUCCGCUGUCCGUCCCUUCGCUCUUUCUCGGCUUCAAUUUCUUCCGGAUUCUGCCGUACUAUAUCUUCAAUCACCCGCCGACGAGGAAAAUUUCCAGACAAAAAUGCCCAAGAUUAAGACGAAUCGUGUCAAGUAUCCGGAGGGAUGGGAGCUAAUUGAACCAACUCUCCGAGAAUUGCAAGCUAAGAUGAGAGAAGCCGAGAAUGACCCACAUGAUGGUAAGAGAAAAUGUGAGACUUUAUGGCCUAUAUUCAAAAUAGCACAUCAGAAAAGCCGCUAUAUCUUUGACCUUUAUCAUCGAAGAAAGGAAAUUUCUAAAGAAUUAUUUGAAUUCUGUUUGGACCAAGGCUAUGCAGAUCGUAACUUAAUUGCAAAAUGGAAGAAGCCUGGUUAUGAACGUUUGUGCUGUCUAAGAUGCAUGCAACCCCGAGAUCACAACUUUGCGACAACGUGCGUGUGUCGGGUUCCCAAGCACCUGAGGGAGGAGAAGGUUAUCGAGUGUGUGCAUUGUGGUUGCAGGGGCUGCGCAAGUGGAGAUUGAUGUCUUCUCCUCUUAGUUCGUCUCUCUGAUUACAACUACAUACGCCUUGAUGCUAUGUUCUUACUCUCGAGUUGUACUUUGGUAAAAGCUCUAAUUGGUGUAACAUUUGCACUAGGGUACUUACUCUGUUCAUACUCAUUAGUCAUUGAGUUGCCGUUAAUUGGGAAAGAUGGUUCAUAUAGAAAUAGUUUUUUCCCCUUGAGGCAUGAAAUGUGACAUAGGUGGCAGUUUUUACUUGCAUCAACAAUCUGGAUUGCUCAUUGUAGUUUUAACGGUAUAUGUUAUAAUUUCCUGCAAACUAUUUAGAUCGACUUUAUUCUGACUUCA